UCUCCUGGUGACUUACAGUGAUGCUGCUCCAGGUCAGGGAUUCCGUGACAAGGAUGCGGGUCUAUCCCUGGGCCCGAUCCUGCAUUCUUGUGUACCCCCAAAUUCCCAUUUGAAUUUAGUGCCACUAGCGACCUGAAGCCCCGAUUCAGCCAACGAGAGUGGGAAUGGACAAUAUAUAGACGGCUAGUUGUACUUGAUGCCAAUCAUGUCUUCAGUCAGGAAUGUUCCCUAUGGGGCUGAUGCACAUACUGAGACUAUUGUAAAAAUCAUUGGGAGCAAGUAUGUCCGGUGCAUUGUGGAAAAACCAAAAAUCAAGGCAAAGGAAGGCAUGAAAGUGGAAACUCAGCCUGCACUCCGGAAAUUGCCCGCUUGUAAUGCAAGACAGACACAUGGAAAUCCUCCCGGUCUCAAUAACCCUCUUUGUCAACAAAUCAGUUAUGACCUAGAUUAUGAAAGACGAAGCAGAGAGAAACAGGAAGAACACGAGUCUAAACAACUGCAAACAAGCAACAGCAGAUUUCUGGAUGGCAAAGUUUUGAAACCACCAAAUAUUCAUUGUGUGUCUGUCCCAUCAGGAGAUCAGUCUUUGUCCUACAUUCAUGCCCUCCAAAAGCCAUCCCUUAGAGCUUGGUCUUUAAGACAACAUGUAGGACAUCACCAGCAGAUCAUAUGCCCAGGGCCAACAGAGUCACCUGAGGAAGAGGAUUCUCUCCUGGCUCUCGUCAGAAAUGAACUCAGGCUGGGUCCUGUUAGGUUAGCCGGGUUAGAAAAGCUGCAGAGAGAGCUUAAGACUCUGCAUCCCAUCUCCGGAUUUCUUCCUCAGUCCCAGUUGAGCUCCCUCCUUCUGAAGCAUGAAGUCCCUCUACAAUUACCAACUGUCAAGCUCCUCUUUGAGAGGUUUUCUGAGGCAAAUGACUCUGAAUUGGUAAAUUCUGAAGAGCUGAUUCAGUUUCUAAGACUAGCUGCAGCAGUUGAAAUGCAGAAUAUCAAGUCACGUGAUCUGGGUCUUCAAGUGAAGAAUGUAACUUUAAAGGAUCAAAGCAAAAGCUCACUGGCUCCCGAAGACCCAUUCCAGAUCUUGAAGCAAAUAUUGAAGGAAUAUAAGGGGGAACUAGACAUGGAGAAACUGAGCCUGAGUUUUCAAAAAGAAGAUAAGUCUUUCUCCGGCCUUCUCUCUCUAAAUGAGAUUGAGACCAUUUGCCAGAAGCAUAGACUAAAUCUAACUCCUUUAUUGCUGGAAGCUUUGCUCAACAACCAUGAUUUGUGCAAACAAGGCAAAAUACAGUGGAAGAAGUUUGUGGAGUUGCUCAAGAAAACUCAUUCUGAUGCGAUUCCUAAUUUGCCUGUUCCUGUGGGGGAAUUCAAAGAGGAAAUCAGCGAUGAUGUGGCUGCCCGUCUGGAAAACACCAAAGAGCAUGAAAUUCUUGCUUCCAAGACUUGGGUUCGAAACUAUCCCACCACUGAAGGAAAAGAAAGACCAGUGAUCCAGUCUUUCUUCAGUCCAACUGACUCCAGUGACUCUGAAGAGCAGGAGGCCUGGAUAGACCGGUUCAGAAAACUAGAGAAAGCUCUUUAUUUGUGCGAUAUAAAAAACACAGGCAUGCUGGAAAAGGAAAAAGCAAAGCGUCUAAUCCACAACUACAACCUCAUCUAUGAUCUAUCCCUGAGUCCUCUGAAAAUUGAUCAAGCUUUCCGAAACGUCCGUUCUGGAGAAAACAUGCCAUUGCAGCCGGUGCUGCAGUAUUUAAAAGAGUUGUAACAAAUACUUACUAUACCAUUCUCACGAGUUCCGUUUUUCACCCGAUGUCAAAUUUCUCACAGAUUGAAUUUUGGGGAUGUCCUAAUUACUACAGCAUGUUAAUAACUCUCCAUACUCUAAAAAAGAGGAAGCAAAAACAGAAACAGCCACAUCUUAUACCUGAGUGAAAUGUUAAUAAAGCUAAAUAGCCAAGCAGAGUCAGGGGUUUGGCUCUGAUACUUAGAGAUGAGCUCAAGCUUCAGAAUUCAGAGACUGAUGUAGUUCUGGAUUUCUAAACCCAAAGCCUGAGAAUAUCUGGAUUGGAAUUCUGGCUGCACUCAUUGUAAAGAUAGCAAUAUUUGGAGGAAGGGCUACAUCUGGAUUUUGAACACUUUCCAGGUGUUCAGUGGGUGUUCAGAUUUGGGCCCCACCUCUGUUGAUUAUGAUGAUAAAAUUGAUAGAUGAUUUAAGUGAGAUUUUAAAUCAAGAAAAUGGGAAAGUGGUCACUCUUAAGAACAUCCACCUGUUUGAAAGAUUCUACUGAUUCUAAAGGAAUUCCCCAUCUUAAUAACAGGGCUAUUCUCUAGAACCGGUAGACUCUUUCAAACCAGUGAGACUUUUUAAGCACAUCCACUGUAGGUCAUUCAAGCAGGGCUAUAAACGAUAGUCUUCAUAUAAUAACAUUGCGGAAAAUAGCCCAAAACUGUAACCCUGAAGACUCACCCAAGUGCCUUCAUGAUUUAAUUUUCCUUAGCUUCCUUUUCUGCAAUCCCAACCCCUCUCCCUAAUGAUGUUUCCUGUUCUUGUUCUUGUCUGUACUCUAGGAACAAAUUCUGAAACCUUUACUUAGCAUGGGCCUCAGUUCAGGAAAACCUUUAAGUACAUGGUGUAAACUUUAAGCCCAUGCUCAAGUCCCAUUCACUUCAAUGGGACUUACACACAUGUUGAAAGUUAAGCGUGUGCUUAAGUGCCCAUCCCAAAGAGGGAUGUUUUACAGAGUCAGGUCAGCGCAUCUUCCACGAGUAGUCAGUGAAGUGAGUGGGAUACUGUACUUUUGGGAGUAUGCAUCAUUCUUGGUAGUGAGCAUCUGCAGCAUCAUGUCCAUAGACUGUAAACUCUUUGGGGUGGGGAAUCUGCAGAGCAUCUUACACAUCUAUGGUGUUAUAUAGAUAGUAAUGAUAAUACGUUGCAUAGCUGCUCUUCUGCUUAAUUCAUAACAUGGCGGUGAAGUGUGUAAAGUUUCCUAGGGCAGGACCUAACAGUAACAUUCUUUAUCUGCAUAAAGUUUCAUGUGUGUCAUUAGUAGGGUGUGAGAUUUACAUUUAAGAUUAAAGGGUGGAAUUUUCAAAAACAUUUAGGGGAGUUAGGUGCCCAACUCUCAUUCAAUUCCAGUAGGAUUUUGAACAUCUUAGUCUAAAAGCUUGUGUGUUAGAACUGAACAAAAUGAAGUUACUAAUAUUGAACUUACUUGGGAUGCACAAUGUAUUGUAGAGUCUGAGCUCCAGUGUUUUAAAUCCAUGUUAAACCCUGAAUUUACAAUUGUAACUAUACCCUCCCUGCUGUUUUUCUUUUCUUUUCUUCUUGUCCCACAGGGAGUUUGUAUGAAAACGUGCAUGUUCUGUU